UUUUUAUACAUAAAAAAUCAAAUCCAAUAAUUAAUAAAAUAAAAUAAACAAAUCCCAUCCUUAUCCACUUCUUCUUCAUCUCUCAUCUCAUCUUCUUCCUCACGAUUUUAUCUCAAAAUUUCAUUCCCAUUUCCCUUUUGCUUCAACAAUGGAAUCCUCCCUUCUCCGUUCCCUUUCAUCUCCUUUACUUCUCGAAUCCACCGACCUUCAUCUUCGCCGGAUCGGAUCCCUUCCCUCUUCUAGAUUUUCUUCUACCCUUGUUGUUCGUUCUUCUUCCAAAAGCCAUUCUUAUAUUCCCAAGCUCGAGCCCUUUAGCCGUUCUAAGCUUGAUCGCGCCAUCAAAGAACCGCCUCUCAUUGAGAAGUCUGAGAACGAGCUUGCAGAUUAUUGUUCGACGUUGGAAGGAGACGAUUCUUAUAGCUGUUGGAAAGCGUAUUUCGAACUCAAAGAUCUUGAAAAAGAAACGCCAAAACAAGAAGUGGAGAAACUGAUUCUGCAAGCAGGAGGCGUGAAAUCACUGAUAGGGUGCUUACACGGGAUAACAGCCAUACCGAAGAGCAAGGGAAAGGAAAAGGAGGAAAGGAAGGCAUGGAAGACGGGAGUGGAAGGAAGAGGGAAUAAGGAAUGUCCAAUACCAGAUGGAUUGCCAAAAUCUGCUGAAGAAAUAGAAGAAGAAGAAGAAGGGAGAAUGCCAGAUUCGGCGUUUACGAGAUUGUUGAGGAGCAAAGGCACAUUCCCUGCUUGGUAUUCCCCUGCACCCGAUCACGAAACAGAUUGAAACUCAAAUUUUGCUUUUUAGGGUUUAGGGUUUUGUCUUUGGCAGAUCGAUGAUAUGAGUAGUAGCAGCAGCAGCAGUAGUAGUGAAGUUGAUUGGUAAAUAUUUGUUAUAUAAAAUUUGUGAAUAAGGGAUAGCUUUUUUCCUGUAUAUUUAAUUUGAUGUUUGUUUUGGUUUUUAUUGUGUAUUGUUGAGAUAUGCUAUGGGUAAAAAGGAUAUGAAUUAGAUUGAAUGAAAUGUUUGAAUGACGAGUGCCCUUUCCAUUUCCAA